AUGGGAUGUACCACCUCAGAUGGUUCCCUCGUUAGUCAUUCUUGCAACUUUUUUAUUGCAGAAACUGAAGAGCAAUUAUAUCAAAAUAAUUCAAUUGCUAAUUUUAAAACAAGUAUGUUAAAUGUCGGGGCGAUCGAAUUAUUUGAUGAUGAUGCCACGGAUAUUAUUAAACGUGUAACAGCUAUGGAAGAAGACGUACAAGACAGCUCGGAUGAUGAUGCUAUGAGUUUUGGAGAUGAGUUUUACGUCGAAUAA